AUGAUCACAGAAGAACAGUCAGAUUCUGAAAAUUCUGGGUCUGGACCAGAAAAUGAAAGCAAAAGUGAUUCAUCUUCCAACUCUGGAUCAGAAAGUGAUACAGGCACUUCUUCCUCCAGUGACUCUAGUCGAUCAAGAGCAUCAAAAGCAGGAAGCACGCGCUCAUCUACCUCAAAUCAUUCGUCAAAGAAAAAGUCAAGUGGGCACAGAAGCCAUAGCAAGGAUUGGGAAGAACACCCAGAUAUUUAUGGUAUUCGAAGAUCAGGAAGAGCUCGAAAAGAACCUGCAAGACUAAAUUUUUCUGAAAGCGAAUCUAAUGAUAAGAAGAGUCAUUUUAAAAGUGAUGAAUGGAAAUAUAAUGACGAUGAUGAAGAGGAUACUUCGUCAGAAUCUGAGGACGAUGUAGUACAAGAAAGGCCACCUCCAAGCAAAAGAGUUGGAGCUAAACGUACUCUAACAAAAAGAACCCAUACUAAGACACAUUAUAGCUCCGAAGAUUCUAGUGUAGAUAGUGAUGACGAUAAAAGGCGAUCUCUAACCAGAAGGAAAACUACAAAUACUGUUAGUUACAAAGAAGAUAGCGAAGACAAAACUGAUACAGAUGAUUUACUAGAAGUUGAACAAGAAGUACCUGCAGAACCUGUAAGUGAGGAGAAGUGUGAAACUAUUGAAAAAAUACUUGGCCAAAGAAAAGGAAAGAAAGGAAUUACAGGAAAUAUUACCACACUAUAUGCAAUAGAAGAAAAUGGAGAUCCCAAUGAUGGGUGUGAUCCUGAAGACUUGGAAAAUACGGAGAUACAGUAUCUGAUUAAAUGGAAAGAUUGGGCUCACAUUCAUAAUACUUGGGAAUCUGAUAACUCACUUAAAGAGCAAAAAGUUAAAGGAAUAAAGAAGUUAGAAAAUUAUGUUAAAAAGGAAUUUGAAAUUAACUACUGGAAAAAACAUGCCUCUCCUGAAGACAUAGAGUAUUAUGAAUGUCAACUAGAAUUACAGCAAGAGUUACUUAAAAGCUAUACAAAUGUAGAAAGAAUAAUUGCCAAAUAUGAAAAACCUGAUGGAGGAACUGAUUAUUAUGUAAAAUGGGAAAGUUUACCAUAUUCUGAUGCUACAUGGGAAGAUUCGGGACUAAUUAAGCGAAAGUGGCCCAAGAAAAUAGAAGAAUUCCAAGAAAGAGAAGACUCCAAACGAACUCCAUCCAAGCAUUGUAAAGCGCUUAAGUACAGGCCAAAAUUUCAUGAAGUAAAAUCACAACCUUCUUACAUGACAGGAGUAGAAAACAGUUUGGUAUUACGAGAUUACCAAAUGGAUGGUCUCAAUUGGUUAAUUCACUCAUGGUCAAAAGAAAACUCAGUUAUUUUAGCUGAUGAAAUGGGACUGGGUAAAACAAUUCAGACCAUUUGUUUCCUCUACUAUUUGUUCAACACACACCAACUCUACGGACCUUUUUUGUGUGUCGUCCCGUUAUCGACAAUGACAUCGUGGCAACGAGAAUUCUCUCAAUGGGCCCCGGAAAUGAAUUUUGUUACCUACUUGGGUGACGUUAAUUCCAGAGAUAUCAUUCGUCAAUACGAAUGGUCUUACGAGAGCUCAAAAAGAUUAAAGUUUAACGCUAUAUUAACAACUUACGAAAUUGUUUUAAAAGAUAAAGCCUUUCUUGGUAGCAUCAGCUGGGCUGUAUUAUUAGUAGACGAAGCUCAUAGACUUAAAAAUGACGAUUCCUUAUUGUACAAAGCGUUAAUGGAGUUUGAUACAAAUCAUCGACUUCUUAUCACCGGAACUCCAUUACAAAAUAGUUUGAAAGAACUGUGGGCCUUGUUACAUUUUAUAAUGCCCCAAAAAUUUGAAUCAUGGGAUGAAUUUGAAAAAGAGCAUGAAAAUGCAUCUACAAAGGGUUAUGGGAAAUUACAUCGACAGCUUGAACCCUUUAUCCUUAGAAGAGUUAAAAAAGAUGUAGAAAAGUCUUUGCCAGCUAAAGUAGAACAAAUUCUUCGUGUUGAAAUGACUUCUAUACAGAAGCAGUAUUACAAAUGGAUAUUGACAAAGAAUUAUAAUGCAUUAAGGAAAGGUGUCAAAGGUUCAACAAAUACCUUUUUAAAUAUUGUAAUUGAACUGAAGAAAUGUUGUAACCAUGCCCUUCUUACUAAACCUACUGAAUAUGAUUCGCAUGUAUCACAGCAAGAUCAUUUGCAGCAACUUUUAAGGGGAUCCGGGAAACUUGUGUUAUUAGACAAAUUACUUAUUCGACUUAAGGAGACUGGUCACCGUGUUCUGAUUUUCUCUCAAAUGGUUCGCAUGUUAGACAUCCUGGGUGAAUAUCUGCAACUAAGACACUUUCCAUUUCAACGUCUCGAUGGUGGGAUUAAAGGAGAACUUCGAAAGCAAGCUUUGGACCAUUUCAACGCUGAAGGUUCUCAAGAUUUUUGCUUUUUACUUUCUACUCGUGCCGGUGGUUUGGGAAUAAAUUUAGCAACAGCAGAUACCGUCAUUAUUUUUGAUUCUGACUGGAAUCCUCAAAAUGACCUUCAAGCUCAAGCAAGGGCGCAUAGAAUUGGGCAGAAGAAUCAAGUAAAUAUUUACAGAUUAGUUACAGCAAGGUCAGUUGAAGAACAAAUAGUAGAACGUGCUAAACAGAAGAUGGUACUGGAUCAUUUAGUUAUUCAACGUAUGGAUACCACAGGGAGAACAGUUUUAGAUAAGAAAGCAUCUUCAAAUAAUAAUCCUUUCAACAAAGAAGAUCUUACGGCCAUUUUAAAAUUUGGGGCUGAAGAAUUAUUUAAAGAUGAAGAGGACAAAGACGAAGAACCAAAUUGUGAUAUUGACGAAAUAUUAAGAAGAGCAGAAACAAGGGAUGAAGCACCAACAAUGGCAGGAGAUGAGUUACUAUCAGCUUUUAAAGUAGCCAGUUUUGCUGCAUUUGAAGAAGAAAAUGAACCAUCUCCGGCUGCAGCUGCAAUACCAGAUGAAGAAAGUAAAGAUUGGGAUGAAAUUAUUCCAGAAACGUUACGAAAACGUGUCGAAGAAGAAGAAAGAAAUAAGGAGAUGGAGGAUAUGUAUCUUCCUCCAAGAUCCAGAAAAACUCUCCAGCAGAUUAACCAAUCUGAGAGUGAUGGGGAAGGAGGAAGAGGAAGGAAAAGAAAGAAAACUGAAGAAUCUGGAAGUACUGGAGAAGGUGAAGAGAGUGACGAUGAAAGACCUCGUAAACGUGGAAGACCUCCUCUUACCAACCGAGAAAGAAUAAAGAAUUUCACCGAUGCUGAUAUAAGAAAAUUCAUAAAGAGUUAUAAGAAAUUUAGCAAUCCUUUAAAACGACUAGAAGCGGUUGCUUGUGAUGCUGAACUGCAAGAGAAACCGCUUGCGGAACUUAAAAAAUUGGGUGAACUUCUUCACGAACGUUGUCGGGCCUACAUGGGUGAGCACACAAAAGAAAACAACGAAACAAGCACCGAAGAUGUCGGUGCAAAAGGAAGAAAACGUUCUCGAGGACCUUCUUUUAAACUCGGAGGAGUUUCGGUUAAUGCCAAAACUAUGACAGCUUGUGAAGAAGAAUUAGAACCGUUAGAUGAAGUGCUCCCAUCUGAUCCUGUGGAAAGAAGUAAAUGGGUUCUUGACGCACGUACAAAACCAGCACAUUUUGAUGUUGAAUGGGAGGCAUUAGAGGAUUCCAAAUUACUGCAAGGCAUUUAUCAAUAUGGAAUGGGUUCAUGGGAACAAAUUAAGAUGGACCCUUCAUUGGGAAUUGGAGAUAAAAUUUUAUUCAACGACGACAAAAAACCACAAGCUAAACAUCUUCAACAAAGAUCCGAGUAUCUUCUGAAAAUAUUAAAAAAGCAGUUGGACAUAAAGAAAGGCGUAACUAAGCCAAAAAAGAUACGAAAAGCUAGAGAAACAAAAGCACUUACCAAAGAAAUAAUUGAUCAUGAUGAUAUUAGUUCUGGUGAUGACGCUUCUAAUUCCAACACUGUGGGCAUUACUUCAGUUAUUGCAGCAGCUGCAGCUUCAUCAAAGAAAGCUUCAAAGAAAGAUAAAGAAGAACAAGAAGAUUUACCAUCUACUAGUAUGAAGGAGAAAAAAGACAAGAAGAAACAGAAGAAAAAUAAAAACUCAGGUCCAAUGCAUUUCACAGCAAAUAAUGAACCAAGAGCGUUAGAUGUUUUGGGAGAUUUAGAUCCUUCUAUCUUUCAUGAGUGUAAAGAAAUGAUGAGACCAGUUAAAAAGGCAUUGAAAGCUCUUGACAAUCCCGACCAAUCUCUCUCUGAAGCAGAGCAAGUUAAUCAUACAAUGUUAUGCUUAUUACAAAUAGGGGAACAAAUAAAUGUUUGUUUAGCAAAUUAUACCGAUCCUGAAAAACUUAAAGAAUGGAGAAGCAACUUAUGGCAUUUUGUGUCUAAAUUUACCGAAUUCGAUGCCAAAAAGUUAUAUAAACUGUAUAAAAAAGCAUGUAAGAAGAAUGAAAAGAAAAAAGAGGAUAGUCAACAAGGUGCAAGUUCAUCUGGAAAAGACAAGUCUGAUGGUAAAGAAGACAAAGAAAUGAAUAUUAAAAGAAAACAUGAGAAUGAAAGUGAUAGUAGAGAUGAUAAGGACUUUAAAAAACAUCAUUCGGAAAGGAGAGAAAGAAAAGAUAGAAGCUCAGAAAAAGAUCGUCCAAAAAAAUCAAGGGAAGAAAAUGACGAUGAAAGUCACGAUUAUGCUAGUAGAUACAGUCAAAGUCGUAUGAGUAGAAAACAGAGUUCAGGCCAGAGAUCAAACUUUAGACAUGAUCAGCCAGAAAGAGCAUCUCAUAGUGAUCACGACCGAUGGUCUGGGGGGCAAUCUCGUGAUAGGUUUGCUAUGGAUUACAAAAGGGAUAGAUUUGAUUAUUCCCGAGGAAAUCCAGGCUACCAUAGAGACCGUGACCAUACAAGACCGAUUGACAAAAGAUUACCGUGUAAGGAUGAUUGGCGGUCUUUUCAACGUAGUCGUGAUGCUUCAGUCAUCCCAAUUAGUGCUAGGCCCAUGUAUCCUACGCAUUAUCCUCCAUUUGUUCCUGGCGGCCCUAUGUACGCCCCUGGAGAUCAACCGUUUCCCAGGGAUAGAUUUUCUCCGGGUGAAUGGAGGCCAGAAAGAGACUACAGGCGAGAGUAUGAUCGGAGACAACCUUAAUAAGAUCGUUAUUGUUAAGUGAUGGAAAUUUUUAUCCAUUCAAAGUACUGUACAAGAGAACAAAACAAAUAAAAAGACAAAAGUGGACAAGUGUACAGUUAGUUAUAUUAAUUUAAUUUGUGUGUUGUCUAUGACAGUGAUAUUCCCGAUUGUAGUUGAAGGUGAUGUUGGUGAAUAGAUCGAUUGCAUUUGA